CACGCCUAUAAAUUGCAGGAGUCGUUUGACAGCUCACAAGAAACGUCCGAGCUCAGAGGGUUGAGGAUCGCUCUGUGGAAUACUACCCUAUACAGGAUUUAUCACAGCAUUUUCUUCUUAUAAAAUCUUUACAAUUAAAAGAUUUUUAAAAUAAGUGGAAUGCUGCUUUGGACUAUUAUUUUCUCCAUUUUUAUGGCCAAAGUUAGUAAAACUCAAAGGCAGCAAGGACAACAACAAAGAAUUCAAGUUGAAGAAACCUGAGGUAUUUGGAAAAUAAAGUCAUUCCUAAAAAUACAGUCAACAAAUCAAGUGACUGUUUAACAACAUGGUUGGCAUCAAGCCCACAGAUCUAGCUCCCACAGCCACUGUGAAGUUCUUCGGUGCUGGAACAGCAGCCUGCAUCGCUGACUUGGUGACCUUUCCCCUAGACACAGCCAAAGUCAGGCUCCAGAUCCAGGGUGAGUCCAAACUUGUUCCAGGAGCAGCAACAGUGAAGUAUCGGGGUGUGUUGGGUACCAUCACCACCAUGGUGCGCACGGAAGGGGCACGGAGUCUCUACAACGGGCUUGUAGCUGGGCUGCACAGGCAGAUGAGCUUUGCAUCUGUUCGCAUUGGACUUUAUGACUCGAUGAAGCAGUUCUACACUCGAGGAUCUGAGAAUGCAGGCAUUCUGAGUCGCUUACUGGCUGGCUGCACGACCGGGGCCAUGGCUGUGUUGUUUGCGCAGCCCACAGAUGUAGUAAAGGUACGCUUCCAGGCCCAAGCGCGUCUAUCCGAUGGAGCAAAACGUUACAAUGGCACCAUAGAUGCCUACAGGACCAUUGCUCGUACUGAAGGCAUCAGAGGGCUGUGGAAAGGUGUCAUACCAAAUAUCACAAGAAAUGCUAUUGUGAACUGUGCUGAGCUGGUAACCUAUGACAUCAUCAAAGAACUUAUACUAAAGUACAAUCUCAUGACAGAUAACUUGCCCUGCCACUUUACGGCUGCGUUUGGAGCUGGAUUUUGCACCACCAUCGUAGCCUCUCCAGUGGACGUGGUGAAGACUCGCUUCAUGAACUCCACUACAGGCCAGUACAGCAGUGCAAUCAAUUGUGCCUUCACCAUGCUGACCAAGGAAGGACCGACUGCCUUUUACAAAGGGUUCAUGCCCUCGUUCCUUCGCCUGGGGUCCUGGAAUAUAGUGAUGUUUGUCUCGUAUGAACAAAUAAAGAGAGCCAUGACCAGAGCACAGCAAUCCUGGGAGGCUCCAUUUUGAACUGUUCUUUUCAAGACAACAAAACAAAUAUGGAUACAAAAGAUAUAUCACUAUCAGCUGGACAAUGUUUGUGUCAAAAUCCUGAAUGAUGAUGGAAAAGAGCCCUACCAGAAUAGAAGUGAACUGACAUAUAUUAAAAAUUAGGCCAGAGGUCGUGCCUACUGAUCCUGAAAAAUAUAUAAAAUGUACAGAAGAUGAUCCUGUGGACAAGGCCAAGUACAGUUUGGAACACUUCCCAAGCAAGACAACACAUUUUCCUUAUAGAGCUUGCAUUAUUUUUUGUCUUCUCUAUAGAACUUGUUUAAAUGCUUUUGUCCCAUAGGUAUUCAGGAAAUGUGAUGUUUAAUGUGAUGUUUACAGAUUUGUUUACAAGCGCUACAAAUUUUGGGUCCAUAGACAGUGCACUGUAUGUAACUAUUAUAAACAGAUAUUUUUAGAUUUGCUCUACAUAUAACAAAUGUUAUGAUAUUUUUAUACAAUGUGCAUUCCUGUUAAUAAAACUAAUCAUGUAAAUGUAUUCAUUCAGACAAUCUGUUUAAUUAGGAUAGUUUGUUUAGUUUGAUUAAUGUCUUCAUACAGUCUGUCUGUACUUCCACUGCAGUGAAAGUGAUUUGACUUGUAAUAAGGGACAAGUAAUUUUAUACCUAUAAAUAGAGCUGAUGUAAAAAUGUUACGUCGUGAAUCAUCCCAAUUUUAACAGUUCCUGGGUGUGGAAACAUACGUGGUUUGUUUCCACAUUUCUUUAGUUUUCUGUUAUUAAUCAUCACCAAUCCGCAUCUGCUUAGUGUACCUCAGUCUCCAUAGUGCGAGUAUAAAAACAAAUUAACAUUACCACGAGAAUGUCAAGCUAGCUACCACAUCCUUUCACGCUGCUCAUUUGUAGAGUUGUCAGUUACUCAAAACCAAAACAAAAAAAAUGCUUUACAUUAAGUACCAUUUUUGUAUUAUUCCUAUAAGUUUAAUUUGCUAAUCUAAAAUUGCUUCAGAUUCAAGCAAACAAAUAUCAAUAUAGUGGUGGUAAAUUAUAGCAAUGUCGUAUAAAAAGGUGAUGGGGUUCUCCAAAAGGAAAUGAUGAAGGGAACUUGCAUGAGAAGUCAACAAUCAAGCGCGUUGGCUAGACUUAGUUUAGAUUUAUUCAAGGUUUUGUUAAGUAACAGUGUGCAAGUAAGAACUGCAUGGAAGUUAAGAGACACAUAUGAGUUAGCUGCAAUGUUUUUCUGCUUAAAUUAGUGUACAAAUAAAUCUACACAGAGAACAUAUUUUGUCAGGAGAUGCAAUUGAUUAAUAAUGUGUGUGUGUGUGUGUGUUUGUGUGUGUGUGUGUGUUAUCAUUUAACAUUGUGUAAUUUAAGUGUUUGUAUUGAUGCUGUUGUUUGUAGGGAACAUAGGGUAAAGACAUGCAGAUGUUUUGCAAUCAGUCAGGUUAAUGAACAAACAUUUCGCUCCACAAUUGCAUUUUUAAGUUAAUGUAACACCUGGACACCACAUGGAACCGUUCUCCAAACGAAUCCCAUAUGUGCUUCAGCUGUGUCUACUCACUGUGACUCAGCAAUUCAUUUUAUACAUUUGGAAUAUACUCUGAGCAAAACUCCAACUACAUGUGUGUAUAUACUGGCACAGUAGAUGAUAUAACAUCUGAUAUAUCAUCAUGUCAUAUAUGCCCAGGGCGUUGUUUGUGACUCUGUGUGAUGACAGCACCUCCCCCUCUUCAGUACUUUUUUUUGUUCUCUGUGUACACAGUGUUCUAUUUCCACUCACUCACAAUCUUUGAACUUACUCUAAAGUAACACAUACGUUUUGUAAUGCCCAUGUGAGCAAAGCAAGAUCGAAGAUUUUUAUUCUAACUCUAACAUUAACACACCAUGCUUUCACAGGGCUCACUUUGUGCACGGGUUCCUUGUCAUGACGGGACAAGUUUGGAUCUUUUAUUCCCAGUGAAGUGAACAGUGUACAAAGAUAUUCCAUACAACUUUGUGUUUUCAACUUUUCUGGGCCCACUAAUAGUCUCCAACAUAGUUUUGUCCAUAUACUGUUUUGGUAUUUUGUCCAUAUAAUGUUUUAUUGUCAUUGCUGAUUAAAUUAGACCAAUGCAUUAAACAGAUACUAUGGAAUUUGUAUGAAUAUUUCAAUGUUUUUGUCAAGAAAAGUUUAUCUGGAAAUGUGCCACAGUGCGCACGCGAGGUACAGGAACAACAUACUGUGGGUGAUGACGUCAAGCGCGGAGGAGGGUGGGGGUGUAUAAAGCCAGCUGCUUCCUUUGUCCCUUGUUUACAGGCUACUGUUCGUGUUAGCUGUGAGUCGUGUGCUUUUGAAAGCCGUUUUUCUUUGUUAAACUUUAUUUUAUUUCGUUUCCUGUUCACGGAGUAUGUGUUUUAAGUGUCCGUUUUCUCAGCUGUUUUCUAUGGAAGAACAAGGCAACCAGAUUAUAGGUGAAAGUAAUUUCAACGAGAGGGACGCUUUUAGAGAAUCUUGACUUUAACUGGCUUCAUUGCCCGGGGUCUCUUGAGUGGAGAGCUGGGUGGAGUUCACCUAUCUUGUUUUCACAUCAUUCGUCUUCAAGAUUCCUAUUCCAGCAAAAUGGUUGGCUUCAGACCUGCAGAUGUGCCCCCAACAGCUGCUGUCAAAUUUAUCGGUGCUGGUACUGCAGCAUGCAUUGCUGACUUGGUCACCUUUCCUCUGGACACGGCCAAAGUUCGGCUCCAGUCAUGUAAGCUGAACCAGGAGCUUAAGCCCUAGGACCUGUGCAGAUCCUGGACUGACGUCAUGGACAUCGUGUGGCUGGAGACUGUCCCCUCUUCCAAGUGGCCCUUAGAGUCUGUAAAGUCUUUCCAUGCCCCUUUUGUUCUGUACAGAUCCAAGGGGAAUCCAGUGGUACUGCGAAGGCUAGUUCUGCCCAGACGAUGAAGUAUCGUGGUGUGUUUGGCACCAUUGCCACCAUGGUCCGUACGGAGGGGCCAUGUAGUCUGUACAACGGGCUGGUG